AUGCAAAAAAAACACUGCAAUAUGAAACUGGCAUAUCCUUGCUUCGAAGAGAAGUUGGAACUAGUAAAAUUAAGGAGUCUACUUCAAUUGAAGGAAGUUCCAUUCUAUUCAACACAGAACACAACAUGCAACAUAAGUCAC